GAAAUUCGUUUCGCGCAAAGCCACCUUCUCCUUCCGACCCUUCCUUCCUUCCUUCCUUCUUUCUCUCUUCCACUGCCAUCUCCACUUGCAGCGAUCGUCUGACGCGAUUCUCCGGAGCUUGACCUCGCAAAUCUUCCCAAGUUCCAAGCUUUUCUCCGCUUCGGAUCGUCGCCAUCGGCUUCGGAGCAAUUCGUCGCCGGAGCUGAAUCCCAUGAAUUUCCUCCGCCGCAACCUCGUUUCCGAUUCGAACGAUCGCCUCGGCAUCGUCCGCAAGCCUUCGAGGCGUUGAUCUUUUUUGCCUGCGGUCAUGCCGUUGUUCGACGAUAUGGAGCUGGGUUUGGUGGAGCCGGCUAUGUCGGACGAGGAGAUUCUCGAAGCUGACCACAUUGCUGACGCUGCUAAUUUUGGGGGCGAGAGAUGUGGGCUAUGCAUGGAUCUUAUCAUCGACAGAGGGGUCUUAGACUGCUGCCAGCACUGGUUCUGCUUUACAUGCAUUGACAAUUGGGCCACCAUCACCAACCUGUGUCCGCUUUGCCAAAGUGAAUUUUUGUUGAUCACUUGUGUUCCUGUAUAUGAUACUAUUGGAAGCAGCAAGUUUGAAGAGGAGCCAGUCUCAAGGGAAGAUGAUUGGUGCGUUGAAGGGAAGAAUAAUACUCUGUCUUUUCCAUCAUACUACAUCGAUGAAAAUGCAGUUGUCUGCUUGGAUGGAGAUGGCUGCAAAGUUCGCAGUGGAUCAGCAAGUGCUGAGUGUGAUUCUCAUCUCGAUACGUCGAUUGCUUGCGAUAUAUGUGACACAUGGUAUCAUGCUUCCUGUGUAGGAUUUGAUCCCGAGGGCACAUCAGAGAAUACAUGGUUAUGCCCCAGAUGUGUGGCUCAUCAAAUGCAGAAUGCUCCAAGUUUAGCUUCAUUACAAGAGUCUGGCAACCUGUGGUGCCCUGGAAAUGUCAGUUGUGAUUAUAUGGUUGAGGACGCCUUGUGUGGGAAGGUGUCUGUAGCUGUUGCUGAUGCUGGAGAGACAGCUAUAGUUGUUUCCAUGGUUCCGAGAGAUCUGCAGAUUGAAAUGCCAAGUGAGAGUCCAUUGAAUAUUGAAGUUGAUGAGGCCAUAAAAACGGAAAGCAUGGUAUUAGUUUCUGAUGCCAAUAUCAGAAAGUUGGAAACUGAAACAGUGGAAAAUAGAGCUACUGAUCCAGAAUCAGCUACACAAAAUGUGGCCCUGUCCUUAUCACAGGAUACCUUCUCAGUUAUGCCCCCCACUUCCUUUAGUUUCAGUGAAUUGAAGCCUAACAAUGAUGAGAAUGCAGCUAAUGAACCGAGUACUGGUGGCCCUCAAGAUGUUAUUGGGAAGUUGUUUAGCGAAUCCCACCUUGGAAUGAAAACAUCUGAAUGGCAAGACACUGAUGAGACAAAGAUUGAAACGGAGGGUGCAACUAAUAAUCAAACUAGUCAAGAUGUUUCCCAGACAACUCUUAUGGAAGAUUCUGCCUUAGAUGCAUAUAAUACUGCACCUGUUGCUGAAAGAGUUCCUGCAAUACAGACUGGUGCAAAGAGAAAGCAUACAAAUUCCUGUGAUACUGCGGCACCUAAAGCUGAGAUAAAGACUGAAGUUGUCCCAAAGAAAAGGAGGGUGGAAGAGAAGGUUGAAGUUGGUUGCUUCAAGGACCAGACUGACACAUUAGUUUCUGAUGAUACUAAAGAGUGCGCCAUCCUGGCUGAUGUAGCAGAUGAGUUGAGUAAUAAUCGAGAAACACCUCCAGAUAUAAUGAAUAUAGUUAAGGGAACAGGACAAAAGUCCUCUACCACAGAUAAACCUUCAUCAAGAGGAGAAAAUGCAGGUGGUUUGAGGAUUAAGAAGAUCAUGAGGACAGCUGGUAAGGACGAGGAAUCAUCAAUCUUGGUCCAGAAUCUAAGAAAAGAAAUAAGAGAAGCUGUUCGAAAUAAAUCCUCCAAAGCUCUUGAGGAAAAUCUUUUUGAUACUAAACUUCUAGCUGCCUUUAGAUCUGUGAUUGCCGGACCUAGAGUUGAACCUGUUAAAAAGUUAUCACCUUUGUCUGUCAAGGCGAAGAAGUCACUGUUGCAGAAGGGGAAAGUACGCGAAAGUUUGACAAAGAAAAUAUAUGGAACAUCUAAUGGAAGAAGAAAACGUGCAUGGGACCGUGAUUGUGAGGUCGAAUUUUGGAAGUAUCGUUGCAUGAGAGCAGCAAAGCCUGAAAAGAUUGAGACCUUGAAGUCAGUCCUUGAUCUCCUUAAAGGGAAUUCAACAAAUUUGGAGAUUAUGCAGGAACCUGAUCAGCCCUCUACAGAUUCUAUCCUUUCUAGGUUGUAUUUAGCAGAUACUUCUGUGUUACCUCGAAAGGAUGACAUAAAGCCUCUAUCUUAUCUUGAAGUCGAUUCUGAGCAGAAAAAGGAGCAAAUUAUCCCUGGGGGGAAGACUGUGGAUCAUGCUCUGAAAUCGGCAGAACCUAAUAAGGAUACAUAUAAUUCAGGUUCUUCUGCUAAACAUGGUAUGAAAGUGCCAAGCUCAAAACACAAUGCUUCAAAUUGUGGUAGAGGGAAUGACAUGGUUAGUAAAUCGGAUGAUUUGAAGAGGGAUAAAAGAAAGUGGGCCCUGGAGAUUCUUGCUAGGAAAACUGCUUCUGCAGGUAAAGGUGCUACUUCUGAUGAACAUGAAGACAAUGCCAUACUUAAAGGAAAUUUCCCACUGUUGGCUCAACUACCAAAAGACAUGAGACCAGUCUUGGCUUCUACUCACCAUAACAAAGUUCCUAAAUCAGUAAGACAGAAACAGUUGUAUCGUUUGACCGAGCACUUCUUGAGAUAUGCAAAUUUGCAAACAAUAUGUAGAACUGCAGAGACGGAGUUGGCUGUUGCAGAUGCCAUCAAUAUUGAAAGGGAAGUCGCAAAUCGGUCAAACAGUAAACUUGUCUAUUUAAAUCUCUGUUCUCAAGAGAUAAUGCACUGUACAGAAAAUAGCAAGUCCUCUGGAACAAUUGAACCCACUCCCCUGUCUCCAUUAGCUGUGCCUACUGAAAAACCAGAGCAAGGCAUGGAAGAACGCUCCGACCCAGAGGUUGAAGUAGCAUUAAGAGCUGCUGGUCUUCUGUCAGAUUCUCCUCCAAAUACUCCAAGUCUUACUCUUGGGGUCCCGGGUGAGGAAAAGGAUCCCUCUGCAGAAGCUGGAGAAGAAGUGUGUGAUAAUGUUACCCAAGCGGGUCGUGAAUCUGGAAUAGAUAUUUAUGGUGAGUUUGAGCAUAACCUGGGGGAUAAAGAUUAUGUUGGCAAUGGUUCGAUGAAAGUCUCUGAGCAACCAGAAGAAGAAGAAGGUUUAUCUAAAAUGAAAGGGGUUUUUCCGUCUUCAAGUUCUGAAAAUUUGGAUCAUGCUCUUGAUUCCAAACCUGCUGAGGUUCCCUCGUCCAAGUGUUGUGAAUGGGCGAGCAUCAGAACAUCUCCUGUGGAGGAUGUGGGCAAUGAACCUAGUGAUUCUCAUAAAUUGUCAUGUGAUCGUGUCGGGGAUCAGCCUUCAGUACGAGAAUGUGAAGAAUUAUAUGGUCCAGAUAGAGAACCCUUUAUGAACAAACUUUCUGCCGGAAUAGGAGGGACGGAGUGUGAUCUGACUGAUACAGAAUCUCAAAAUGGAAUAGGAGUUCCUGGAGAUGUUAAGACUUGCGAGCCAAGCCAGGAGGGAGAACAACCAGCUGGAGUCACCACGCAUCACAAGGCUUCUGGUGAAAAAAAAUCUAGUAGUGUUUCUCAAGACAGUAAAUUGGAGCAAGAAGACAGGGAGAAACAUGACAAAGAGCGGUCUGAUCACGCCGAAUCCAUAAAGAGAAAGGUGGAAGCAUACAUCAAGGAACACAUAAGGCCACUAUGCAAGAGCGGUGUAAUCUCAAUUGAACAGUAUCGUUGGGCCGUUGCAAAAUCUGUAGAGAAGGUUAUGAAAUACCAUUGCAAAGCUAAAAAUGCCAACUUCCUCAUUAAAGAAGGUGAGAAGGUGAAGAGACUUGCGGAGCAAUACGUCGAGGCAUCUCAACAGCGGGGAAAAACUGAUCCGUUGUAGUAACUGUGUUCGUCUUCCUUAUUCUUUCACAAUUUCAAUAUCACUCCCUGCCCAACUUGGAAGUUCUUUCCCAACUAUUCUCUAUUUUAGCAUGUUUCUUUGUCCAGGAUUGUACAUAUAGACAGCUGGAUGAUGAUGUAUCAGGAGAGUCAAAUCCUUAUCAGUCAAGGCAGCUCUUCCAUUGUUGGAGGUAGGGCUGAAAAUGACGGUGACCCAAUUUUACGCCUAAGAAACCGAGUUUUUAUCAUGUGCUGCAACCAAUGAAUAUCGAUGUUCGAUAUAUGAAAUUGAGCUACCUAAGUUGUUACAA